UAAAGUCCCUUAAGACAUUAGUGAAGGUUUGGUGUCUCUACGGUCUACAGUUUCGGAGGAGUAGCGAUAACAAGGUUUUUCACACAAGGGGAUAUAACUUUUAAAAGGGUUAAUCUUAGGGGACAAGAAUGAAAUCUUUGAAAUAGUUUAAAGAGUGCAUUUUAAUGAUGCACAGACAGAUAAUAUAAGUUGAAAGAGAUUAAAAUAGCUUAAUUUCUCAUUUUUGGAAUGACCUUGACCUUUGACCUUUACAUAAAUUUUUAGGUCAAAGGUCAAUGAAUCUUAUGCAGUUGGUUUCAUGUCUCUACAACUUCUCGUUUUGAAAAUUUUUAAUUAUUUGUAAAAUUCAAAAACUUUCAGGGGCAAUAACUCAUAUAAGGGGUCUAUGGAUCCUUUUGCAAUGAAUAGAUUGAAAGAUCCCCUCAAGUAGUCAAACACAUUGGUGAAGGUUUCAUACCUAUACGGUUUACGAUUUUGGAGGAGUAGCGAUAACAAGCAUUUCUUGUGUAAAGGGCGAUAACUUCGAAAGGGGUCAAUGUUCAAACUUCUUGGGUCGUUUUUCGGAAUAACUUUAAAUAUCCAAUAUCAUGAACUAUAAAUUUUUCCAAUAAGUCUUGCGGUUUCAAAAGUCCGGCAGAAAAAGAAUAAAAAACAUAAGCAUUUCAAUAGGUCUUUCCACAGAAAGGUGGAAAGACCUAAUAAACAUAAGCAUUUCAAGAGGUCUUUCCACAGAAAGGUGGAAAGCCCUAAUAAGGAAUGACCUUGACCUUUAACCUUGAUCUAAAUUUGAAAAUCAAUGUUUUUAAAGUAGUCGGAGACAUUGUUUAAGGUUUCGCAUCUCUACGGUCAAUGGUUUCAGAGGCAUAGCGAUACUAAAGUUUCAGGGGCCAGGUAUAGUCUACUUUUUUUGUUUAACACUAGGAGACUAAUUGUUCACUGAACAAUACGGAACUUUCGAGAUACUCCGGAUAUGGCUGUUUACGUUCGGAUUUUAUACACCGCUGUCACGUGAUAAGGCUGAAAUGUAGGGCAUAUUUUGUUGACAUCGAAACAAAAUGGAGUGUAACGAAGCAGACGAAAACAAGCCCCCAAAGAGAAAAAGUGAGAAGCAUGGAGACGAACCAAGUCAUUAUUGGUGUUCCGUGCCGGGUUGCACAUCAGAUGGCAGGAAAAAGGCAAAUUUAAUUAAAUAUCCGUGGAUGAGGGGAGUGCAGUUCUACCCAUAUCCAGGAGCUAAACGUAAGGCAAAGCUGAGAAAGAGGUGGCUGCAGCAGGUUUUCAGGGAUGAGAAGUAUGCCCCAAAACGCUACCAUUCUGUGUGUUCACGACAUUUUAUAGAUGGUUGUCCAACAGAAGAAAAUCCUGUCCCUACGUUAUUUCCACGCAAUAAAGUCGCCAAACAGUCCAGAACAACAACCUCUAUCGAGAAACGUCAACCAACCAAUUCUUCGUCUGAUUCAGCUACAGUAGCGGAGACGUCAGUUCAUUCCAACAAGUGUGCACCAAUGGAAUGUUUACCGAUGGAGGAUAUCACAGUUUCAUGUGAAGGGAAUGCUGGUGUACAUAUACCUCUUCCAGUAGCACAUGAGUGUGUCAUAGAACAAAUAUCAAACGAAACCUGUAUCAAGGAACCUUGCUCCAAGACUGAGGAUAUUUCUUGUGGAAAAUACAACCACGACCAUAUAUACAGCAAACAGUCUGUGGAACCUAGAUGCAGUGAAGAUUUUGUUGAUUUUGCUGUGCAGACAGACCUGACCAUGAAGGAUAUACAUCAUAUGGAAACUAUGACCAAAGAGACAGACCAUAUCCACAGAGAGCAUUUUGUCAAUAGAAUUACACAGUCCGACUCAGCAGUCAGAAGAUAUUUAGGCGUGCCUAGCAUAACUAUGCUCUUUGGAUUGUUUGCAAUACUGGACAAAGUAUGCACAAAACUCAAGUACUGGUCAGGAAAGAAAAGCAUAGCGAACAUGAAUUACGAAACCUCUGAAAUCAGAAAACCAGGUCCAAAGAGGAAGUUGACAAGGUUCCAUGAGUUUUUAUUAACACUUCUCAGACUAAGACUUUCUGUUCCCUCCUUUUUGAUUGGUGAUUUGUUUGGUGUAUCAGAGACACGAGUAUCACAAAUAGUGUGUACAUGGAUAAACUAUAUGUUCCAGGUUUUUAAACCUCAACUAAAAUGGCCAUCACUGCAGAGUAUCAGAAAACAUAUGCCAAGGUCUUUCAAACAGACAUUUCCUCGUACAAGAGUCGUCAUAGACUGUACUGAAAUAUUCAUUCAAAAGCCAAGGACACCUACUGCUCAAAGCCAAACGUACAGCAAUUACAAAGGACAUAAUACCUUUAAAUGCCUUGUUGGUAUAACUCCUACCGGUGCAUUUUCUUAUGUAUCUGAAUUGUGGGGUGGCAAUGUGUCUGACAGGUACAUUACAGCCAAUAGUGAUUUCUUGGAUUUGAUAUCUGCUGGAGAUGAGGUGAUGGCUGAUCGGGGUUUCAUCAUCAGAGACUAUCUAUUGGAGCGAAAGGCAAAGUUGGUCAUACCACCAUUUACACAUAAAUGUGGAUGGGGAAAAGGAAAACGGUUAAAUGCGAGUGAGAUUCGGAGAACAAGACAGAUAGCGAAACUACGGAUUCAUGUGGAACGUGCUAUACAACGUUUGAAAUCAUAUAAACUGUUAUCUGGCAUUUUACCAAUCAAUUUAAAGCCAAUUGCAAGCCAGAUUCUUGUUGUUGCUGCAUUUCUAUGCAAUUUGUCAAAACCUCUUGUGAAAAAUUAA